AUGUCUGGCAGCCCCGAUUCUUCCGCGGCAGUAGUGCCCGAGGCUCACGUUGUUGAGACCUACCAACCCCCUAAGGAGAUGCUUGAGAACCACCCAAGCAAACAUCAUCUUGCCAACUUCGAGGAGUACCAGAAGUUGUACAAGCAGUCCAUCACCGAGCCCAAUGUGUUCUGGGCUGAGCGCGCCCGCGAGCUCCUCACGUGGAGCAAGGAUUUCCAGACUGUCCACAGCGGUUCCCUCGUCAACGGCGACAACGCUUGGUUCGUAGAGGGCGAGCUCAACGCCUCGUACAACUGCGUCGACAGACACGCCCACAAGGACCCCAACAGAGUCGCCAUUAUCUACGAGGCCGACGAGCCCGGUGAGGGAAGGAAUGUCACCUAUGGCGAGCUCCUCAGGGAGGUCUCCAAGCUCGCUCAUGUCCUCACCAACUUGGGCGUCAAGAAGGGAGACACCGUCGCCAUCUACCUCCCCAUGAUUCCCGAGGCCAUCGUUGCCCUUCUUGCUUGCAGCAGAAUCGGCGCCAUCCACUCGGUCAUUUUCGCCGGUUUCUCCUCCGACUCCCUCCGCGAUCGUGUCGUCGAUGCCCAGUCCAAGGUCGUCAUCACCACCGAUGAGGGCAAGCGCGGUGGCAAGCUGAUUGGCACCAAGAAGAUCGUUGAUGAGGCUCUCCAGCAGUGCCCCGAUGUUCGCAACGUUCUCGUCUACAAGCGCACCGGCGCUGACAUCAACAUGACCCCCGGCCGUGAUCUCUGGUGGCACGAGGAGGUUGAAAAGUACCCUGCUUACUACACCCCCGUACCCAUGGCCUCUGAGGAUCCUCUCUUCCUCCUCUACACCUCUGGUUCCACCGGCAAGCCCAAGGGUGUUGCUCACUCCACCGCUGGUUACCUGCUUGGUGCUGCCAUGACCGGCAAGUACGUUUUCGACAUCCACGACGGUGACCGGUACUUCUGCGGUGGUGACGUCGGCUGGAUUACCGGUCACUCCUAUGUCGUCUAUGCCCCGCUCCUGCUCGGUGUCUCGACCGUCGUUUUCGAGGGUACCCCCGCCUACCCCAACUUCUCCCGCUACUGGGACAUCAUUGAGAAGCACAAGGUCACCCAGUUUUACGUUGCUCCCACUGCCCUACGCCUGCUGAAGCGCGCCGGUGACCACCACGUCCGCAACGAGAUGAAGCACCUCCGUGUUCUCGGCUCCGUCGGUGAGCCCAUCGCCGCCGAGGUCUGGAAGUGGUACUACGAUGUUGUCGGCAAGGGCCGUGCCCAGAUUUGCGACACCUACUGGCAGACCGAGACUGGCUCCAACGUCAUCACUCCCCUUGCUGGCGUUACCCCCACCAAGCCCGGUUCCGCCUCUCUCCCCUUCUUCGGUAUCGAGCCCGCGCUUGUCGACCCCGUUACCGGCGAGGAGAUCCACGGCAACAACGUCGAGGGUGUCCUGGCCUUCAAGCAGGCCUGGCCCAGCAUGGCUCGCACCGUCUGGGGUGCUCACAAGCGCUAUAUGGAGACCUAUCUUCAUGUGUACAAGGGCUACUACUUCACGGGCGACGGUGCUGCCCGCGACCACGAGGGCUUCUACUGGAUUCGCGGCCGUGUCGACGAUGUCGUCAACGUCAGUGGCCACCGUCUCAGCACUGCCGAGAUUGAGGCUGCUCUGAUUGAGCAUCACUCUAUUACCGAGGCUGCUGUCGUCGGUGUCGCCGACGAGCUCACCGGCCAGGCCGUCAACGCCUUCGUUGGCGUCAAGGAGGGUACCGAGAUCAACGACGCUCUCCGUAAGGAGUUCGUCCUUCAGGUCCGCCGCAGCAUCGGUCCCUUCGCUGCUCCCAAGGCCAUCUACGUCGUCCCUGAUCUUCCCAAGACUCGCUCUGGCAAGAUCAUGCGCCGUAUUCUGAGGAAGAUCGUUGCCGGCGAGGAGGAUCAGCUCGGUGAUAUCACCACUCUCUCCGACCCCAGCGUCGUUGCCAAGAUCAUCGAGACCGUCCACGAGCAGCGCAAGUAA